GCGAGAAAAAGGCGAUCUUUGAGAGUAAGGGAACCGAAGCAGGCAGAGGCGGCUGCCGAAGGCGUCUACUACGUGCAUGGGACCUAGGGCCUACAAAUAUCUGCAAUUAACAAUGAAAAGAAAUUGUGAAAGAAGAAAAUUCUUACCUCAAGCCGGAAACGGCAAAUGACUCGAGUCACGUGGUACAUGUGCCGAAGGCCCUAGAUAAAACCGUGGGCUUCUUUACAUAGUGCCUUUUAAAUUGGGCUUGUUGAAGCUGGGACGCUGCGUUAACGAGGCUCGUUUUCCAUCCCGUCUACGUCUCCUUGCCCCGCUGUUAACGUCGUCGCCGUAUUCUACAGUAAUUUUUGCCUCUUCAGCCAACUUCCGCCCAUGUCGAAGAUGGCGACUGAGCGGCCUUCCUAACCUUUACGGGGCUGGGUGGUGUUUGCCGACAGUGCUGGUAGUGGGUGGAGCGAUUAGUAAAUUUUAAAUGCUGAAGCUGCUGCGCGAUGUCAGCGAUGGACUGGAAAGAAACUCUUCGUCGGCGGUUAGCGACGCCCAGCUCUGGUCCAAACCGUAAAAAAAAAAAGUGAGCAAGAAUUAAAAGAUGAAGAAAUGGAUUUAUUUACAAAAUACUACUCAGAAUGGAAAGGAGAUAGAAAACACACAAAUGAAUUCUAUAAGACCAUUCCCCGAUUUUAUUAUAGGCUGCCAGCUGAAGAUGAAGUCUUACUACAAAAAUUAAGAGAGGAAUCCAGAGCUGUUUUUCUGCAAAGGAAAAGCAGAGAACUAUUAGAUAAUGAAGAAUUACAGAACUUAUGGUUUUUGCUGGACAAGCACCAGACACCACCUAUGAUUGGAGAGGAAGCAAUGAUUAAUUAUGAAAAUUUCUUGAAAGUUGGUGAAAAAGCUGGACCAAAGUGCAAGCAGUUUUUCACAGCAAAAGUCUUUGCUAAGCUCCUUCAUACAGAUUCUUAUGGAAGAAUUUCCAUCAUGCAGUUCUUUAAUUAUGUCAUGAGAAAAGUUUGGCUUCAUCAGACAAGAAUAGGACUCAGUUUAUAUGAUGUUGCUGGACAAGGGUACCUUCGGGAAUCUGAUUUAGAAAACUACAUACUGGAACUUAUCCCUACUUUGCCACAAUUAGAUGGGCUGGAAAAGUCUUUUUACUCCUUUUAUGUUUGUACAGCAGUAAGAAAGUUCUUCUUCUUCUUAGAUCCUCUAAGAACAGGGAAAAUAAAAAUUCAAGAUAUUUUAGCAUGCAGCUUCCUAGAUGAUUUACUGGAGUUAAGGGAUGAGGAACUGUCUAAGGAGAGUCAAGAAACAAAUUGGUUUUCUGCUCCUUCUGCCCUAAGGGUUUAUGGCCAGUAUUUGAAUCUUGAUAAGGAUCACAAUGGCAUGCUCAGUAAAGAAGAACUCUCCCGCUAUGGAACAGCAACCAUGACCAACGUCUUCUUAGAUCGUGUUUUCCAGGAGUGUCUCACUUAUGAUGGAGAAAUGGACUAUAAGACCUACCUGGAUUUUGUUCUUGCAUUAGAAAACCGAAAAGAACCUGCAGCUUUGCAAUAUAUUUUCAAAUUACUUGAUAUUGAGAACAAAGGAUAUCUCAAUGUCUUUUCCCUUAAUUAUUUCUUUAGGGCCAUACAGGAACUAAUGAGAAUCCAUGGACAAGAUCCUGUUUCAUUUCAAGAUGUCAAGGAUGAAAUCUUUGACAUGGUAAAACCAAAGGAUCCUUUGAAAAUUUCCCUUCAGGAUUUAAUCAACAGUAAUCAAGGAGACACAGUUACCACCAUUCUAAUUGAUCUGAAUGGCUUUUGGACUUAUGAGAACAGAGAAGCUCUUGUUGCAAAUGACAGUGAAAACUCUACAGACACUGACGAUACAUGAUCUUUCAAAGACUAGAUUGUAGACUGUAUUCAUUAAACUUGAAUGCCACAUACAAAACCUUUGAAGCAGAAUCCUUAGAAAUA